AUGCAUCACAUGCCUGCCUCAGGUUCAGCUCUUGGAAAGUUUCGAGGCUCGUCUCAUUUGCGGCCUCUGGAGCCCCACGCCGACAGCGUCAUAUCGUCAGCCGACACGAUUUCCUCUUGGAUUGUUAGGCGCGCUUAUCUUCGCGCGGCCGCCCAAAUGAUUGCCACAUUCUCGCACACCACUCCUGUUCACUUUUGCAUCUGUGAUGGUACAAACAAGAAGUACCGUACUCAAUGUCCCCGGCAAAGUCUUUCAGCGACCGUGUCGUCUACGUCGGCAUCUACAAGACGGCAAUUGCUACUCAGGACCUACUUGCACAUCAACGCGUUGAGCCUUUGCAGCAUCCUCUUCAUCGGCGUCUCCACAUUGGCGAAGCUCUUUUGGUCGCUUCGCUCCAGCACCUUCCUUCCCCAAUAUCCUCCUGUUUUAGUCACGAUGUACGCAUACAACAAAUCUUUCAAAGAAACUUGA